AUGGAAAAUUUAUUGAGAGCAAAGAAGCUAUGGGAUCUGAUUGAUCCUGGGAUUCGAGAACGACGUGUUGGAGUAGCACAGAGUGAAGCGGAAAAGAAAAAAUUGGAAGAGUUGCAGGCUAAGGAUCUUCAAGUAGUCAAACAUUAUCUCUAUCAAGCCAUCGAUAGAGUAACGUUUCAAGGAAAUGCUAGAGUCAAGAGAUCAAUGUUACAGAAACUUCGUAGAGACUUCGAAAUUCUCGAAAUGAAAGAAAGAGAAAUGAUCACCGAAUACUUCGCGAGAGUCCUAACCAUCGUCAAUCAAAUGAGAAGCAACGGAGAAAACAUGCCCGACGACAAGAUAGUGGAAAAGGUUUUACGAACACUUACUGAAAAGUAUUUGUUUGUGGUAGUUUCUAUUGAAGAAUCACGAGAUGUUGAAAAGAUGAUGAUAGAUGAACUACAAAGUACUUUGCUUGUCCAUGAGCAAAAGUUCAAGAAGAUUGAGAGAGAUGAAGAUCAAACACUGACAAUCAAUCAUGAAAACUCCGGAGGACGUGGUCGGGGAAGAUCAAGCUAUAGGGGGCGAGGACGUGGCUCAUCAUCAUUCAACAAAGAAACUGUUGAAUGUUACAAAUGUCACAAGUUGGAACAUUUUCAAUACGAGUGUCCAACUUGGAAGGAGUAG